UGUCUAGGCUUAAAGAACUUCCUUGAAAAAUAUGACUCUUUAACAAUGCCCAUAAAUCUUUCCGAAAAGGGAGAUAUACUGUAGAACAGCUUAAAAGCAUUUAUGCAAAAAUUUAUCCGGUGCAUGCAUUAAAGAAAGAAGAAUCGUCUUUUAUAUACUGUUUGUUACUUAAUCAUUAGUAUUAUUUGAUAUAUAUUCCAACCUCAAUUGAUCACUUAAAAAUAUGGUUUAACAUUCUUCCUGUGUAGUGGGUACACAGUAAGCACACAAAUUUAGACUAGCAAAAGUCUCCUCAGGCUCACUGACUGAAACAUAUUAUUCUUUUUCAAAGAAACCAGCAAGCCUUAGAGAAUGACAGCUAACCAAUUGCAUUAUCUACUUCCCAAAACCAGCCAAUUAUGGCUGUUUAUAAAGGUGAAUAUUAAAAGGAGGCUCUGCUAUAGUGGGAAAACACAAAGUGCAGAAGAAAAACUAUGAUGGGAGUACCUUUUUUCAUGUUUUUAUGGUUUAUUUUGUGUCUUUCUUUGUUUUUAGGAACCUCAGCAGAGAGGUCAACUUACAUUGUCCAUUUGGACAAAUCUUUUAUGCCUAAGAUUUUCGCUAGUCACCAAAACUGGCAUUCCUCCAUUAUCGAUACCAUCAAGGUUGACGCGCCCACUUCGGAAAAUGAUCACCAUUCAGCUCCAAAACUUGUUUAUUCUUAUGAUAAUGUGAUUCAUGGAUUCAGUGCUGUUUUGUCUAAAGAAGAGCUUGAAUCCCUCGAGAAUUCAGCAGGUUUCCUUUCGGCUUAUAAAGAUAGGACUGUUGAAGCUCACACAACUCACACCUCUGAGUUUCUUAAGCUCAAUCCUGCUUCCGGGCUAUGGCCGGUUUCUGGUUUUGGUCAAGAUGUAAUCAUCGGUGUACUUGACUCUGGUAUCUGGCCAGAAUCUGCCAGUUUCAGUGAUGAUGGAUUGCCUGAAAUUCCAAAAAGGUGGAAGGGAAUUUGCAAGCCAGGAACAGAUUUUAGUUCUUCAUUAUGCAACAGGAAACUCAUUGGGGCUAAUUAUUUCAAUAAGGGGAUUUUGGCUAGCGAUCCUACUGUGAAUAUUUCAAUGAAUUCUGCCAGGGAUACUAGAGGUCAUGGAACACAUGUAGCCUCCAUUGCUGCGGGUAAUUUUGCUAAAGGAGCUUCGUAUUUUGGAUAUGCUAAUGGAACAGCAAGAGGUAUGGCACCACGAGCUAGGAUAGCUGUUUAUAAGUUUAGCUUUGAAGAAGGAACUUUCACUUCUGAUUUAAUUGCUGCUAUGGAUCAAGCUGUUGCGGAUGGUGUUGACAUACUGACUAUUUCUUAUGGGUGGGUAAGAAUUCCAUUAUAUCAAGAUGCUAUUGCGAUAGCUUCUUUUGGUGCCAUGAUGAAGGGUGUCUUGGUCUCUGCUUCAGCUGGAAAUAGUGGCCCUGAAAUGGGAACAUUAAAUAAUGGAGCCCCUUGGAUUUUUACUGUGGCGUCAUGCUAUACCGAUCGAUCAUUCUAUGGGACUUUAACUCUUGGGAAUGGCGUAAAGAUUACUGGAUUUAGCUUGUUUCCCGUGAAAACCAUCAUCAAAGAUCUGCCGGUGCUUUACAAUGAAAGUAUAUCUCCUUGUGAUUCAUCUAACCCACUAUCCCGAAUACCUAAUGCUGGACGUAGCAUUAUGAUUUGUUAUAGCAAUGCAGUAGAUAUAGAGGACCAAAUGGUGGCUAUCUCUGAAUCAAAAUUUGGGGGAGCCAUCUAUAUUUCUGAUGAUCCAGAUGCAUUGUCAUCCAAUUUUUUUCCAAAUCCUGGAGUUGUGAUUAGCACCAAGGAAGGGAAACAAGUGAUAGACUAUGCAACCAAAAGUGUUAGACCCAAAGCUAGCAUCAGUUUCCAGGAAACACAUAUUGAUGUAAAGCCUGCUCCAGUUGUUUCUGGAUUUUCCUCGAGAGGCCCCUCGCGAAGCUAUCUGCGAGUUGCAAAGCCAGAUAUUGUGGCACCUGGAGUGCUAAUUUUAGCAGCCUGGCCAUCGAAUGUUUCAGCUGCAGUUAUUGGUGUCAAUACAUUUUUGGAUAGUGAUUACCGUCUUGAAUCAGGUACUUCCAUGGCUGCUCCUCACAUUGCUGGAAUCGCUGCAAUGCUUAAAGGAGCACAUCCUGAUUGGAGUCCUUCAGCUAUUCGAUCUGCCAUGAUGACCACUGCCAACCCUUUGGAUAAUACUGAAAAACCUAUCAAGACCACAGAUUACCUCGAAACCAAGGAUGCUACAUCACUGGCUAUGGGAGCCGGUCUUGUUGAUCCAAAUCUUUCAGUUGAUCCAGGCCUGAUAUAUGACGCAACUCCACAAGACUAUGUGAACCUUCUCUGCUCCAUGAAUUUCACACAAGAUCAAUUCAAAACAAUUGUUAGAUCAUUGGAUAAACAUAACUGUUCAAAUCCAUCUGACGAUAUCAAUUACCCAUCAUUUAUUGCUCUCUUUAGCCCAAAUGGGAACUACACUUGGUUGGAGCAGAAAUUCAGGAGGACAGUCACGAAUGUUGGAGCAGGUGUAGCUAAAUAUGUAGCAAAAGUGAUAGCACCAAAAAACUCGACAAUUUCUAUCUCUCCACAAACCUUGGUGUUUGAGAAGAAAAAUCAGAAGCAGGACUACACUCUGACCAUACGUUACAAAGGCAUUGCAGAUGAUCAAGCACAAUCUGGUUCAAUCACUUGGGUGGAAGAGAAUGGUCAUCACACAGUAAGAAGUCCUAUAGUUGUAGCUCCAGAGAUUGAUGCCUGGACCUGAAAUGCUGCAAUUGACAAAACUGUUGCAUUGGUAAGAUUGUAACUCUCCAAGAGAGUACUGUUAAAGUAGUAUGUCCACUUAACAUGAUGUUGUUGCAAUUGCAUGUGUAAGUUUGUAACUCUCCAAGAGAGUACGGUUAAAGUUGAAAUUGUCGCAGUUGAUUUAUCAAUAAAGUAUGACUUUGUUGCCGUUUAA